AUGUCAUCACCACUUGUGUUAUUAAAGAAAGAACUUUUAGCGACAGUAGACAAAUACGUCACAUCUGUUAACGAAGAAAAAAUAGCAACGAUUGCAGCGCCCGUUGUGGGACUGUUAAAUGGGAUGGCAAACGAAGUCUUUGGUGACCCCGAGUCUUUUAAACAAACUCUAUUUUCUAAAGUAGCUGGCAUUCAUGUUAAAAACGCCACAAACACAGCCAAGAAAGGGGAAUUUACACUCAGCUUCCAGUUUUGUAAAUACAUCGCCACACACCAUCUUAUAAUUGAUAACCUUCACUGUUUAAUUGACUUACAAUUUGGAGAGUUGAAGGAGCGCCUUAUAUCUUUAAGUUUGAGUGGGUGUAUUGUGAACUCGUUGAAACAAACAUUGGUAUUAAGUUGUGAACCCAAGUGGAUUCAUCUUAAACGAUUGACACUUAAGAAUUGUGGUAUUACUAAAAUCCCACCAAAUGUAUUUAACCAAACACAUUUUCCUAAACUCGAAGUGUUGGAUAUGAGUAACAAUUUGAUCACUAUUUUGGAGAAUAUAGUGGACAGACCUUUAGAUGAACUGAUCAUCGCAAAUAACAAAAUUAAUAAAAUCCGCUCGAGAAAUGGCGGAAACAUUUCGUCUCUUGUGUUGGAGAACAAUUUGGUGCAAAACAUCGGCAACUUGAAGUCGUUCUUUAACUUAAAAACACUCGACGUGCAAAACAACAAAAUAUCGGACUAUACACACCUCAAACCAACCUUCUCGAAAAUGUUCUCAUUGUCAGAAGUCACGUUUAAAGGAAACCCUAUUGUGACUCAUCCGGACUAUAGACUUCGUGUGACCGUCUCAUUACCCGCGUUCGACUUUGGGCUGUCGAUCCGGAUAGAUGGGAUGUCACUCACAAACGACGAAAAAACGGGCGCUAUAGUCGCGUUACAACAAAAUUCGACGAUCUAUCAAACGACUGAUAAAAGUGAUAGCGACGACGAUGAAAGUGAGGAAGGCGCGAUCUUUGGCAAGUUGGAAGCUCACGAAGAAGACAAAGAUGAGAGUCAGAAAGAGUCUCAAAAGGUCCAACAAGUGAAAGCUGAUGAACAAGACGAUGAACUGAACGAAGCGGAAGUUUUAGAAUUUUUGAGGAAAAAAGUCGACAAAGGUGAUGAGAAAUUUAUUGAGACGGUGAAUCGAGUGUUGGGCGUGGAUGUUUAUGAGAAGGCUGGGCCAUUAGAUGAUUCUCUUAAUUCGAAAAUACGAAGUGGGAAAUGCUUUGAGAUUGAUCGAACGAAGAGUAAGAUUAAAGGAAAGCUUCGGGUACUUGUGAAUACAGAGAAUGAUGUUAAAACCCUGUUAUCUGCACUUAAUGAAGGGGAUUUAGUACUUAAAACGCCUAAGAUCGAACCGACAGUACCGAAUGAUGAUGAAGUCGCAACAACAGACGACUUGACAGACAUUCUAAAGAAUUACAAACUCUCUAUAUGA